UUUGUUUUCUGUUUUGUUUUUCGUUUCGUGUUUAGUUUUCUCCCCGUUCAUUUGUAAAUUAAGUUGUAAAAACAGUUUACUAAGAGUUUCAUCUGCUACGAACUAGGGAAAUUCACGCCACUCCAGUGCCUUCCGAAGGACAACGAGGAGUGCAUUUAAAUUUCGUCGUCGGAGUGCGUCUGCCCGUGUGUGCGUGGGCCAGCAGCAACAGGUUUUCCAACUCAACUCGGCGCGCCACCUCAGUUUUCAUUUGUUUUCGAUAUUCCGAGGCGUUCGGUUCGCGCUGCGGGAAAAUCGAAUUGCAAUUUGAGGCAACGCUCAGUGGAAAACGAGGCAACCCGUUUCUCGCACUCGGCAUCGCAGGUGUGUGGCGUCGCUCGGCGGUUCCAACGGGUUUUCCAGGAGGCUUUUGGCCCACAACAAGACGAAACUUGGCCAUAAUAUCACAGUUAACAAGUGCCACCGCAUCUCUGGGCCGACAAGUGUGUGCGCGUGUGUGUGUGUGUGUUUGGAAUACGCGUUUUCCGAGAAAAACCUCAACUCGAAACACGUAAAAAUCGAAAUGAAAAUGGAAAGUGUUCGGCGAUCACGAUCAUCAGUUUAGGCCCGUUUUCGAGCCAAAUAAACGAACCAACCCAACGGCAGCGAAAAAGAGAGCUUCCCCCGACCGCAAUGGAAGCUCAAUGACAAAUUAAUUAAUAAAACGGCAAAAUGAAGAAGCGUUCAAAGGUUAUCUAAACAUACCCGCAAACAAGCGAAACAAAGCGAAACCAAAACAAUAAAGACCGAACAAAAAGUAUUAAAAAACGACACUCGAAUGCAAUGGCAAGAAAAAACGCUAGUUGUUGUUAGAUAGCUUGAAAAACAUUUCGAUUGUGUGAGGGAGCGUGAUAGAAGCUAGAGAUACAGACGGGCCUAAAAUGCCAAUAAUCACGGCCACGACAACGUCGACAGCCGGCGGAGGAGCAGGUGUGGCGGCCAGGGGCGUGGCCACCGCCAAGUCGCCCACCGAUUACCUAAUGCUCCAGCAGCAGCAGCAGCAGCAACAGCAGCAACAUCAGCAGCAGCAACAGCCACAGCACUUCGGCAAUCACUUCUAUCAACAGCAGCAGCCCCAACAGUUGGCGCCUCUGACUGCUUCCCACCAGCACCAGCACUCGCAUCCACAUCCACAUCCACAUCCACAUCCUGUUGCCGCUCCGACCAGUUUUGCAACAUUUAACGGAAACUCGAAUCUAAAUUCUAGCCUUGCCAACGGAAGCAGCAGAAAAUUCAAUUGCAGCCGCGACAACGUGGACGAUAAUGCCGAUGCCGGCGAAAUUGCGGCAGCUCCCCAGACAUUGUCCGCCGGCGCAGAUGUGGUUGGUAACGGGAGCGGCAGCGGGAUUGGGAUUGGGAACGGGGACAAGUCUGCCGGCUUAGCGCCACCAGGUGGCCAUCAUCUGCGCCCGCCACCGCCGCCGGCACUCAAGAAAUCCACCGCACCGGCCUCGGCCAUCGGGAGUUCCGCCUCUCGCGAGGAUGUCGCCUCGUUGAGUGGCACCUCCUCGCUGAACAGCCAGAUGUCGGUGCAUAAUCAGUUCAUCUCCGGAUUGCCGAGCAACGGCGUCGGCAUCGCCAGCAAUGGAGUCAACGGAGGAGGACCAAGCACCGGACGAGGCGGUGCGCCGAGCAGCAUCCUCAAAGGCAGCAAGGAGAACCUGCUGCAGAACACCUACUACAAUGGCGAGACAGGGGACAGCAGUCUGGGCAGCGAGUGCGGAGGGGGAGAUGUCCAGCAGCAAAACCUCGAGAGGAACGAUGAUCCGGGCGACGGACUGGGACCUCUGCCACCCAAAUGGGAGACUGCCUACACGGAGCGGGGAGAACUCUACUUCAUUGAUCAUAACACCGGAACCUCCCACUGGCUUGAUCCGCGGCUCUCCAAGUAUCAGAAAAAGUCGCUCGAGGAUUGCUGUGAGGAUGAGCUGCCCUAUGGGUGGGAGAAGAUAGAGGACUCCAUGUAUGGCAUGUACUUUAUCGACCAUGUGAACCGGCGAACGCAGUACGAGAACCCAGUGCUGGAGGCCAAGCGAAGGGCGGCGGAGCAAAGUCAACAACAACAGCAGCAUCAGGAACAGCGCUCCAAGACGCCCACUGUGCUGCCAGAGACCCUGCCCGCGGACGCGUCUGAGGAGCAGGAGCAUCAACAGGAGGAGGCCCCUAUGAAGCUGCCCUACAAGUUCACCCGUAAUCCUGCCGAGCUGCAAGGACAGCGUGUGAACACCACGCUGCUGAAGUCAUCGCGCGGCCUGGGUUUCACCAUCGUGGGAAGCGACGGAAGCGCUGGAGGGGAUGUGGAGGAGUUCCUGCAGAUCAAGACGGUGGUGCCCAAUGGUCCCGCCUGGCUGGAUGGUCAGCUGCAAACGGGUGAUGUCCUGGUCUACGUAAAUGACACCUGCGUGCUGGGCUACACACAUCACGACAUGGUCAACAUAUUUCAAUCGAUUUUGCCCGGCGAGAGGGCAUCCCUGGAAGUAUGUCGUGGAUACCCGCUGCCCUUUGACCCAAAUGACCCCAACAAUGAGGUGGUGACCACCAUGGCGGUGGAUGGACGGGAUUCUGAGAAGCAGCGUCGCCUCAAUAUGGACGGCAACUACAAUUUCUUGGACUUGUCCGGGGAAGGAGCCAAAAAAGCGAGUGGUGCCGGCAGUGGCUUUAUUCUGAUGAAGAAGCCUGAGCUCUACACCUUCUCGAUCAUGAAGGGCUCCAUGGGUUUCGGUUUCACCAUCGCCGAUUCCGCCUGUGGUCAGAUAGUGAAGAAGAUCCUGGACCGCAACUGCUGCACCCAGUUGAUGGAGGGGGAUGUACUGCUAGAAAUCAACGGCUUAAAUGUGCGCAACAAGCCGCACUUCUAUGUGGUGGAGCUGCUCAAGGAGUGCAGCCAGACGACGCCCACAGUGGUGAAGAUUCAGCGAACGCCGCCUGACCAACCGAUCAAUAAUACGCUCGCCCAACUCAACCAGGUGGGCAAUGUGGCCAAGUUGCGGAAGAACUUCGUUGGCAGCGGCCUUUUUCGCAGUAAGACGCCCACAGCGGAUCUGUACAGCACCCAGGUGAAGGAGGUGCUCCCCAUGCGCCCAAAGACCCCCUUGGUGGACACGCGGCGUGCACGGGUUCAGACGCCCAGUAACGAGAUUGAUGGCGAUGGUGGCGAGGCGACAGCUACGGAGAGAGAGGCCAGGCAACCGCUUCAGCUGCAGACUCAGGGCAAGUCGAACAGCAGUCUGCAGGACUUGGACGACAUUCCCUAUAUGGAUCCAUAUCCCAAGAUAAGCCGGCUGAGCGAGCGUCUAGCGGAGGUGACACUCCAGGGAGACACCAAUGGGGGUAUCUACGGGUUGCCGCCCAGUAUGCAGCCCCUCCCGUUGCCACUGGCUCACCACGAGUCCUGCUAUUGUUAUGAUUGCCAGGCCCAGCGCUACCGCCCGGGUUACUAUGUCCAAGCCCAGCAGGCAGCCAUGUCUGGAAGCACCGGGCAGUACUCGCCGCUGCAGACGGCGCAUCUCCAGAACGAGCGGAUCCAGCGACGCGUCAACGAACUGCUCAGCGAUCGCAGGCGUGUGGGCUUCGCCAACCUAGAUCCUCCUCACCAUCAGCAGCAGCAACCGCAGCAGAUGCAACACUCGCCCAGUUGGCGCAAUGGUGCUCUGCUAGACGCCUCCGAGGAUGCGGAUCAGUGCGAAUUGACCGAGGUUACCCUGGAGCGCCAGGCUCUGGGCUUUGGCUUUCGCAUUGUUGGCGGUACCGAGGAGGGCUCCCAGGUUACCGUUGGUCACAUAGUCCCGGGUGGUGCCGCCGAUCAGGACCAGCGCAUUUCCACCGGCGACGAGAUCCUCAGCAUUGAUGGCAUCAAUGUGCUCAACUCUUCGCACCACAAAGUUGUCUCUUUAGUGGGGGAAUCAGCGCUGCGCGGGCAGGUCACCAUGAUCCUUCGUCGGCGCCGUACUCCACUACUGCAGCAGGCUCCAGUCAGCACACAACUGCGUCGUUAUCCUUAUGACGUGAUUGUCAGCCGGCAUGAAAACGAGGGCUUCGGAUUUGUUAUUAUAUCUUCAUCGAACCACUAUUACGGUUCGACAAUAGGAAAACUAAUACCCGGCAGCCCGGCGGAUCGCUGUGGAGAGCUCAAAGUGGGCGAUCGCAUAGUGGCAGUGAACCGGAUCGAGAUUGCCGGCAUGUCGCACGGCGAUGUAGUGAAUCUCAUCAAGGAGUCUGGUCUGCAUGUGCGGCUCACCAUUGGUGUUCCGCUGAAGGAGGGCGGUCCCAGUCCUGGAGGCAGUAGCGCCGGGGUGGCCAGCAACACACCCAUGCAGGCAUCACCUAGUCUCCUGAAGGCACAACUCGCCCACCAGCAGCAACUCCCUCCGCAGCAGCAACAGCAUCUUCAGCAGGCCCAGCUUAACCACCACCACCAGCAUCUGGAGAUGCCUAUGUCGAUGCCCAUGCCAGGAAACGGAACCUACUUGGAGCGACCCAGCAACAAUAUCGCGGCCACAUUGGCGCUGCACCAGCAGCCACAGUUAUGACUCUGAGACCUACGCAUUCGGCUCUACAAGAGCUUUCUAUAGUUUUAGAUCGAUUGCAGGCGCACAGUUUGUACUUUACACCACAAAGUACCAACCCCAAAGACUGAAAUUAGUAGCAUAUAUAAGUCAAACCGAUUGCGAGUCCGGAAACGGUUCGCGAAUAAGGUAUUUAUACCAGUUUUAAUAAGAUACGAUUUAUCGUCCUAGGCUUAGCUAUUGCUUUUACUUAAUCUUUUAGAGAAUUGGCCAGUUUGUAAGACAUUUAAAGAUUUUGUUUUAUAUAUGUAAGAAUUGUACAAAUGUAAAGGACUUUAAUAUUUUACCUUGAGUAUGUAUGUUAUUGAAUCACGCUAGACAUUAAGUUGCAUUUAUCAAAUAUAUAUACAUAUUAUAUGUAAAGUA